GACGAAGGGGCAAAAUCCAAGCUGUGGGAAAAGUCGCAGCCCGUCGAGCGCUUCGACGUGUUCUUCUCGCACACCUGGAGGACCCCUGGCCGCUGGAAGGUGCUUUCCCUGCUCUUCCAGUAUGGCUGGCCAUUCACGCUGACCUGCUGGGCUUGCGUGGCCUCGUUGGUCUUCUUCUUGGGAGCCUUGGGCUGGCUGCCGACGCCCCUGACCUUCCACGCAGAUGUCCUGGGCUUUAAGAAGGCCUGUCCUUUCGCACCGUGGGUCUACCUCUCCGGAGUUCUCACGGCGCUGAUCGGUCUCUUCCUAUCCCCGUACUGGCUUUUCGUCUGCCAUUCACCGAAAUGCUUCCUGGAUGUGGUCAGUAUCAAUCAGGCGGACCCGGAUCUCAUGGAACGGGGCAUCUACGGCUUAGGCGGCUUUUUGAGUAUCUCGAACGAGCUGCGCGUGUUGUGGUCACCGCCGUACCU